GUAGGGAGGUGGGAGUUUAGGCCGCCACCGAAGCUCUGCGUGAGGGCCAGUGAUUCUCUUUUCUUGUCCGUGAUUGGAAAACUAGGAAUGGAAAGCUGAAUGCGUUUCAGGCUCUUGCCCUGUCCUGUCUCCGGGUAAUAGAAUUUCGCAGCACCGCAGCUUAGCCUCUAAAGUAAAUUCCUUAGAGCUCUUGCAAUCCUAAUCUGUAAGCAUUGGUCACGAGGCGCCCGGAUUGCAACGAAGACUUCACAUUGUAGUCGGGAUUGGGAUGGUUAUAUCCUCCGCGUAGACCGGUCGUAUAGACUGAUACGAGAUUCCGACUCGAUUCCCGAUGGCGAAGAACGUGAAUACUGCGAGUCUCGAUCCCCAUAGCCUUUCUACGAGGAAACAGAACGCUACGCUCAUUCCGAGCCCGAGCAAACACCCCCUCCGGUACUUCAGAGCACCGGCCACUCUCCGUCGUGGAGACUCUUCAGAUACUAGGUCUAUAUUCCCAGACAUUUGCUCAAAGUACGGGACAUGGCGAAAAACGUCGAAUUGGAUACUUCUGGUUACAUUCGUCGUCAUUGUGCUUCUGACUCGCGAAGCUCGCAUGACAGCCAUGGAAGCCGGUACGACCGUCUCGUUCUUAUCUCGACCGUUGACGGAGAGAAUAGGCCAUGGAAUGGAGGAGGAGGAUUGGAGCGCGAGCAACGCUGCCCCGCAUCCAGACGUCGUGGUCUGGGCCAAGGGUCUGCUGCACGAGCGGUUGGAGGCGGUGUGUGCGGGGUACGCGCUGCAUUACCUCCUAUCGUCCAGGCUUUCACUCGCCGUCCCAAAUGACUCCUCUGGUUCUCUCUCAGUAGAACAACCACAACCACAACUACCGCAAUCGCCACAGCAGCCGCCGUUGCGGCUGGCUGUGCUGUGGCUGCCGGAUCAAGCCAUGCCGCACGCCAUGCUCAACCACGUGCUCGGGCCUCUGCCUUCCCCCAGCGCGCUCUCCUCCCCAAAAGGCUCUCAGCAGCAAGAAGGGGAACGGCAACAGCAGCAGGAGUCGUCGUUCCAAGCAGAUGCGUCUGAUGAGACGCUCGUGCUGCAGCGCCAUCCGAGCUGGCUCAACUCGCCGCUCUACACCUACGGGACCCUCAACUCGAAAAUCCCCCAGCCGACUUCCCAAGAGCAGCAGCAGCAGCAACAGCAAGAGAAGCAGUCUGAAACGUCCUCUUCCUCCUCCUCCUCCUCCUCCUCCUCCUCCUCCUCCUCCUCCUCCUCCUCCUCCUCCUCCUCCUCCCACUCCCUUCCCUCCUCCCAUCCUUCUCGCCACCUGCACGUUAACUUCUUUCUCUCCUCCUCCCUCCCUUCCGUGGCCUCCGCCCUUGCUGACGUGGACAACUCCCACCUCCACACCUCCCUGCAGCGCUGCUACAGCCUGCUACAGCCGUCCACAUUGGUGCAGGAGCUGAUAGCCAAGGAGAACAUGACACGUGUCAGGCAGAGCACAGCAGUGUACCUGGAGCCUAUCUCCCUCCCCCUCCCCUCCUCCUACCCUUGCUCAAGCUGCGACCCGAAAUUUGCGGUCAACUGCACGACCCGCCGCCUCAUGUGGUUUUUUCUCGGGCAGCCCGAAGGGGAUGCGACAGUUGCGGGUUUCUGGCCGUCUCAGGCUGUAGAUGUAGCUGAAACUUUCCACCAGAACCGCCAGCCGCAUUUGCUAGAAUCCACACGACGCCGUGCGCAGCAAUGUGAGGUUGGUAACCGCAAGGGAAGCAGUAACCGCAUGGAAGGUGGUAACCGCAUGGGGGGUGGGUAUGCUGCACCGCCUAUCAUUCCCCAUGGGCUCACUCUGAGGCAGCAGACUGCCAGGUGGAUGUGGUGGAUUGGUCUGGGGGAUGGCAAAGACUACUACACCACUGGUACAGGGGGUGGGGGAGGAACUAGCAGCAGCAGCAGCAGUAGCACGAGCAGGCGUAGGCUGGGUCAAACAUACCCAGAACGACCAGCAUCCGAAGCAGCACUGCCAGCAGCAGCAUCACCCGAAGCAGCGGCAUGGGUGGAGUGCGCGCAACUGGAGGCAGCGGAGCUGUUCACCCUCGCGUCGGCCCAGGGGCUCAUUCACCUGCAGCACUCCCCCCAGGCGGAUUUCGUCCGCGCCCAGGCCGCCGCCAGGGGCAGCACCCCCCGCAUGCGCGAUGUGCUGGUGGCGCCAGACAGCUUCCCCCGGGGAGUGGCUCCACCAGGGAUAGGGAGAGGGGUGGAGGGGAGAGGGGGGAGUGAGGGGAGUGAGGGGGGUGGGGGGGGUGGAGGGAGUGUGUUUGAGGAGGAGAGGGGGCUGUGUGACGCAACGAGGAUAGUGCCUGUGACAGAGCACCGCAUUGGGAGACAACUCAUUGUAGAUGAGGGGGUGGGCAUGGUGUACUGCUACGUGCAGAAGGCCGGCUGCACGAGCUGGAAGUUCUGGCUGAGGGAGCAGCACCACCACCCCUUCCCCAAAUCCUUCCACUCCGCCCACACCGCCUACUUCACCAACGUGACUGCCGUCUGGUACUCUUUAACAGAGCCCGAUGCCAUUCGUGCCCUCACACGCCGCGACUUCACUCGGUUCGUCUUCCUUCGAAACCCGUAUACCCGUGUGCUGUCGGCGUAUCUAGACAAGAUGGUGCGCGGCGGAGGGCCAGACGAUCUCGGCACGCGGUUCUGGGAGCAGACCUUUUUCGGGCAGCUGUUUUACUACUCGCUGUGGGACGCCAUAAGGUUCCGGUCAGGCCCUGGAACUGCCCGGCUGCGGAGCGUUUGGGAGACGUUUCGCCUGCAGACAGGGGCUGUGAUUUCAUUCGAGGAGUUCGUAGGGCUGCUAGGAGAUGCGUGGGAGAUGGAGGGCCGAUACCACCUAGAUGUGCACAUUGUGCCACAGACAUUGCUGUGUGCACUGGACCGGAUAAAGUAUGACUUCGUGGGGCGAUUCGAGAGCAUGGAUGAGGAUGUUAUGACUCUGAUGAAACGGUUUGGCCGGGAGCCGGGCGAUGCGUUCAGCUUUGGAAAGAAGCUCCAGAAGACUAAGUCCAAGGGGCGCAUGAGAGAGAUGUUUGCCAAGAAGGAGACAUUUGACAUGGUCAGACAUGUGUACAGUCUUGAUAUGAACAACACCUUAAAUGGUGUUGUGUACGAACCACCAGAUGAGCUCAAGGAGAUGUAUGGCAGCAGGGUUUAGGGUUGCGAGUUAGAAGUGUAUUUAUAAGGUUUUCUAUGAGCUUUGUUGUAGGUGGUUUGUUGCGGUACCAGUCUACAGUACACGUUCAGCAGAUAUAGAUAGGUAAAGAAGCAAUAGAAGGGCGAAGAACAA